AGCACGUACAGACGCAAAUUACAAUACCCAUCAACCCCGAGUCCCCGACUAUUUACUCUUAAAAUUCCUAAAUCCCCAAAAUGACCUCAACUUACGACCUCCACCACCACCAACCUCUCUCCGACUCCAAUUCCGACUCUGAUGGUGACCAAGGCCACACCGGAUCCGAGCCCCUCCGCCACGCGGACCUCUCGAACUCCAUUUUCAGAGCCUACUUCGAGACCACCAGCAACAAUAUCCAAUCAUCGCCCUCCACGUCGGACCUCGCCAAGAUCCAGUCCUUCCUGACUUCCUCCUCCUCCGGCGCUCUAUCAUGCAUCAUAUGCCUCGAGCGCAUCAAGCCCUCCGAUCCCACCUGGUCCUGCUCCUCCCUCUGCUUCGCCGUCUUCCACCUCAUCUGUAUCCAGAGCUGGGCCCGCCAGGCCUCCGACCUAUCCGCCUUACGCGCCACGCGCCUCCCUAUAUCCCCCGACCUCGUCGCCACGUGGAACUGCCCCAAGUGCCGCUUCCAGUACUCCAAAUCCCAAAUUCCUAAACUUUACCUCUGUUUUUGCGGGAAAUUACAAGACCCGCCCAGCGACCCGUGGGUCUUGCCGCACUCUUGCGGCGAGAUCUGCGAUCGCCCUCUAAAGCACAACUGUGGCCAUCGCUGCUUGUUACUAUGCCACCCUGGCCCGUGUCCGUCGUGCCCUAAGCUCGUGAAGUCCACGUGCUAUUGCGGCGCGGUUAACGACGUUCGUCGCUGUGGAUUCAAGAAAUUCUCGUGCCACAACGCUUGUAAAAAGCUGUUAGAUUGUGGGGUCCACAAGUGCUCUGAGACUUGCCACGAUGGUCCUUGCCCGCCGUGCCGAGCGAACGGGGUUUACAGGUGCCAAUGCGGGAGGGUGGAGGAGGAGAGAGAGUGCUGCGAGCGGAGUUUCCGGUGCGAGAGCCCAUGCGGGAAGUUGCUGCCGUGUGGGAAGCACGCGUGCGGGAAGGGGUGCCACGUCGCCGAGGAGUGCGGGGAGUGCCCGCUUCAGGGGAAGCGUACGUGCCCGUGCGGGAAGAGAGUGUACCAGGGGAUGCCGUGUGAUGUCGAAGCACCGCCGCUGUGCGGUGCUACUUGUGACAAGACGCUGAGCUGUGGGCGCCACAGGUGCCACGAGCGGUGCCACCGUGGACCCUGCAUUGGGACUUGCAGGAUCGUCGUUGCCAAGUCGUGCCGGUGUGGGAGCCUCAAGAAAGAGGUUCCUUGCUAUCAAGAUUUGUUGUGUGAAAGGAAGUGUCAGACAAUGCGGGACUGUGGACGCCACGCUUGUAAGCGGCGCUGCUGUGAUGGGGAUUGCCCUCCAUGCGUAGAGGUUUGUGGCAGGAAGCUACGAUGUAAGAACCAUAAAUGCCCGUCUCCAUGCCAUAGAGGUGCCUGUGCUCCUUGCCCGCUAAUGGUGACGAUUUCAUGUGCAUGUGGUGAGACACACUUUGAGGUUCCUUGUGGUACUGAGAUGGAUCAAAAGCCUCCUAGAUGUCCCAAACCAUGUUGUAUUGCUCCUUUAUGCAGGCAUGGAUCAAAUUGUAAGCCACACAAAUGCCAUUAUGGAGCUUGCCCUCCAUGUCGGUUACUUUGUGAAGAAGAAUAUCCAUGUGGCCAUCAAUGCAAACUAAGGUGUCAUGGCCCUAAACCUCCUCCUAAUCCUGAAUUUACAUUGAAACCAAAGAAAAAGAAGUCAAUACAUCAGAGUGAAUGUACACCUGGUUCUUCAUGCCCUCCUUGCCCAGAACUGCUUUGGAGGUCAUGUGUUGGCCAACACAUUGGGACAGAGAGAAUGAUGGUUUGCUCACAUAGAGCAGAGUUUUCCUGUGAAAAUUUGUGCGGAAAUCUUCUAUCAUGCGGCAAUCAUUAUUGUACUAAAACCUGCCAUGCCCUGAAGAACCUGUAUGCAACACCCAUCCGGAGAGAAAGAAGUGAAUCUUGUGAAGAGUGUCAUCUUCCUUGUCAAAAGGAGAGGAUGCCUACAUGCUCUCAUCCUUGCCCCCUACCGUGUCAUCCUGGAGAAUGUCCUUCUUGCAAAGUGCUUGUAAAACGAUCAUGUCACUGUGGUACAAUGGUCCAUGUUUUUGAGUGCAUAUACUACAAUGGCUUGUCUGAAAAGGAGCAGAUUACUGUUCGCUCAUGUGGCGGACCUUGCCAUAGGAAGUUGCCAAAUUGUACACAUCUAUGCCCAGAGACUUGUCAUCCUGGUGAAUGCCAUUCACCCGAGAAGUGCUGCAAGAAGGUUUUUGUUCGUUGUAAAUGCCAAACCUUGAAAAAAGAGUGGUUAUGUCAAGAUGUCCAAGCAGCCUAUCGGAAUGCUGGUUGUAAUCCCAGAGAUAUACCAAAAAAUCAGUAUGGACUUGGGCUUCUUUCUUGUAAUUCUGAUUGCAAGAGUAAAGUACAAGUUAGUUCAGAAUUACAGUUACGUAAAUCUAAGGUCGCGGAGGAAAAGGAGCCAGAUACUCAAAAGAACGCACCGAAGCGUCGAAAAAGACGAGAACGCGGACAAGAAGCCAAGCAGGUCUCAACACUGCAGAAAAUUGUUGCGGCUAUGAAGUGGCUUCUUCUUUUUGUCGGCCUUGUGAUGGUCCUAAUUGUUUUGGCAACUUAUGGUCACAAGGGUCUCAUGUGGCUUUCUGAUUGGAUGAAUGAAGUUGAAGAGCAAAGACACAGAGGAAGAUACCCUCGGGUCUAACCAUUCUCCAGGCCUUUUUUUUCUGACACUUCCAUGUGGGUAGACCUACGUUAGAGUCCUAUAGCCAUUGAUUUCUCACCAAACAUUCUUUUUAUGAUCACUCUUCGUUCUUCAGGAGAAAGUUUGAAAGUGGUCAAAAUUUUGAAAUUUUUUUCCUCCUUAAUUUAAUAGUGUGCACGUAGCAUUGGCAUUAUCUAAGGAGUAAUGCGAGAAAGCACAUUUUUAUCUCACAAUUAUUUUAUAAUACUGGAUGUGAUAGUCCCAAUCAACUUUGGAUCAAUUCUUGUUACAAAAAUAAAAAAUCAAAACUUAGUUGGACUGUCACAUCAACAUUGUAGAAUAAUUUUAUGGGAUAAAAUUGUGAUUUCUAACAUUUUUCUUAUGUAAAUCCCAAACCAUUACAUAGUUCUUGUAAACUAUCGCCUUGAAGAUGGUGUAAAAGCAUGGCGUGAAAAUUUUGGAGUCAUUUGAGAUUACAACUUAAAUUUUGAAGAAUUAUCAAAUUGAAAGAACCAAACAAUUUUUGUAGUAAA